UGUCUGCUUUACAGUACGAUUCAAGUACAGGCCGUUUAUUCUCCGCAGGGAAUGAUACGAUAAUCCGUUUAUGGAAGGUCCCUUCGGCUGGAACUAGGGAAGCCUGGCCAUCGCAUCGAAAUGGUGGUGCGUCAGGUGCUGUGCCUGCAGCUCCGCAACAUGCGACGUUUGUGCAAGCGAUGGAACAUCAUACAGAUUGGAUCAAUGAUCUGAUUCUCUGUUGUAAUGGACGGUUUUUACUGUCGGCUUCCAACGACACCACAGUGAAGGUUUGGAAUGCUACAAAACAUUUCUGUAUGUCUACACUACGCACGCACAAGGAUUACGUGAGUUGCUUAGCAUACGCCAAAGAACAUGAACGUGCUGCUAGUGCGGGAUAUGACCAGUCUAUCUAUUUAUGGGACAUAGCUACGUUGACGAAGCUUACUACUACUAACAACACUGUGACCACUUCGUCCCUCAUGGGCUGUAAGAACAGUAUCUAUGCUUUGGCGAUGAAUGAUUCUGGCACGGUCAUAGUAUCAGGCAGUACGGAAAAGGUGCUCCGAAUCUGGGAUCCCAGAACGUGUCAAAAAAUAAUGAAACUUCGUGGACACACUGAAAACAUACGAGCUGUUGUUAUCAGUCCUGAUGGCACAAAGUGUAUCUCGGCAAGCGCAGAUGCAACAGUUCGUUUAUGGGAUUUGGGACAGCAGCGGUGUAUAGCUACUUGUCUAGCCCAUCAAGAAGGUGUUUGGACAUUGCAGACCGACAACGCGUUCUCGUUCGUGUACAGCGCUGGUAGAGACAGACGCGUUUUUAGGACACCAAUUUGUGAUUUUGCACAAAGUCACCUUCUGUUUGAAGAGGACGCCUUCGUGAAGAAGUUGCUGCUUGAUGACCAUGAUCAUCCCUCGGCAAUCUGGUCAGCCACCUGGAAUUCCACUAUAAAAAGGUGGCCAUUGCCUUCAAAUACUCAGCUGUCAAUAGGCGAUGGUCAGAUGGAAGACGAUUUCGCCCAUCUUGCUAUCAGCUCCCUACAUCGCUCACCGGAUAUUGUAACGGCUGGGGCGACUUCAAUAAAACAGGCUGGUGUCUUAAACGACAAGCGUCACGUAAUAACAAAGGAUUCAGAUGAUUGCAUAGGCUUGUACGAUGUCCUUGCUGGAAGGAAGGUAUGUGGCUGA